AUGUUUGCCGAUGAUACAAAUAUUUCUACACAUGGCUCAUCAGCGGCAGAAAUUCAGGAACAACUAAACCAUGACUUAGACAACAUACACCAAUGGUUGCUGGCUAAUAAGCAUACUUUGAAUAAAGAAAAGACCGAAUAUAUGGUAAUUGGGUCUAGACAAAGAUUAUCUAAAGUAUUAAAUGAGCCGGAAAUCCACGUAGGCGAAACAACAAUUAAACGAGUAAGCUAUUCUAAAACUCUAGGCGUUGUUAUAGAUGAGAAUCUUACUUGGGAAAGGCAAAUCGAAAACAUACAGACUAAAAUCUCAAAAG